CUUUUCACAGCGCUGGCUUGUCGAGGUACAGCUGUCCGGAGGCCGCAUCGGUGGUUGAACGGACGCACGGAUCGCAGCGCUCGGCGCAGCGGCAAGCGCAGGUAACGCCGACGACGUGUGCCCUCCAACAACGAGUAUGGACACCGCGUACCUGCUACUGCGCUACGCGGCCGCGCUCGUAAUAAUCAUGGUCACGACCCGCAUCCGACGGCACCUGCGACGCAAAAAGGUCGUCGCCUUCCUGCACCCCUACGCGGCCCAGGGCGGAGGUGGCGAGCGUGUGCUGUGGGUCGCGGUCGCCGCGUUGCGCAAGGCGCGGCCCGACGUGAGGAUAGUGAUCUACUCCGGCGACGGGCUCUCCGCUAAAGAACUUGUAGCGCAUGCGCGCGAGCGGUUUGGUGUUGCGGUGCCGGACGUCACCAUACAACCCGUGUGUACACGACGAUUAACAAACGCCAAGACGUGGCCCGUCGCGACGAUGGCGGGGCAGGCGUUGGGAGCGAUGAUUCUGGCCAUGGAAAGCGUCCUGCGAACGCCGCCCGACGUCCUCGUGGACACGACGGGGCUCGCGUUCGGCGUACCCCUCGCCAAAUUGUUGGCAGGCUGCGCGGCGGCGGCCUACGUGCACUACCCGGCCGUGUCGCAGGACAUGCUCGAUGCUUUGGAUAGGCCGGCGUUCAACAACUCGAAACGCUGGGUACGGCUACGGCGCGUCAAGGCCGUCUAUUACCGGCUGCUCGGCAAAGUAUACGGGUGGUGCGGCCGGCGCCACGACGUCGUCAUGGCGAACUCGUCGUGGACGCGCGGCCACAUCCAACAAGUGUGGGGCCGCGGCGCUUUAUUAGCUUACCCGCCGUGCGGCGCGAUGAAGGGUAUUACUAGAAAAGAGACCGGGAAAGUCACCGUCCUGUCGCUGGCCCAGUUCCGGCCCGAGAAGGACCAGAUGAAGCAGCUCGAGGCCUGGGCGUUGUUACCUCCAGAAACGCGGCGGAAGGCCAAACUCGUGAUUGCGGGCGCCGUCCGCCAUGCCGACGACCAGCGCGUGUUGGAUGCCCUGAAGCGACAAGCAGUAGGUAUGGAUGGCGUCGAGUUCCUCGUGUCCGCGCCACGACAUGAAAUCAUGGCGCUGCUCCAGACGGCGUCGGUCGGGCUGCACACGAUGCGAUUGGAGCACUUCGGAAUUGCGGUCGUCGAGUUCAUGGCCGCUUCAUUGGUAGUUGUGGCCCACGCGUCGGGCGGGCCCUUGCUGGAUAUCGUUGGUACUAGUGGAGAGCGCGGCUUCUUGGCGACGGACGCGCGUGACUACGCGGCGAAGCUCUCGUCAAUAAUCGAGAUGGACGCGUCUUCACGUCGAAAAAUUGGGGAGAACGCGAGGGCCUUUGUGGCGGAGCGGUUCUCUGAUUCUGCUUUCGGGCGGACGUUCGUGUCGGCCCUCGCUGUGUUGUUGAACCCUGCUAGGCCGCCGGCGGCCGCGACGGUGCUCAAGGGGGGGCUGAAUUAGGUUG